AUGUCUCACUUCUUAGACAGCAUUUCCACCAUCAUCAGCGUCUUUCACAAACAUGCAAAGGAAGACGGAGACUGUUCCAGCCUCAGCCGAAGGAAGAUGAAAGAGUUCAUCCAGAGGCAGUUUGCAGAUGUCAUAGCUAAGCCAUAUGACCCUCAGACGAUUGACAAGAUUCUGCAGUUUCUGGAGUGGGAUGAUGACGGGGAAAUAGAUUUUAAUGAGUUCCUGCUUUUGGUGUUCAGAGUGGCUAAGGCCUGCUACUGGUACCUGCCAAAGGGACCAUGCCUUCUGCAAAGAACAAAGCUGACAACCAGUGGCCAGUCACUCCGAGAGUCUGAAAUUAAGAACAGAGGGAGCCAUCGGCAGCUCCAGGAGGAGGAACACCAAACCGAUGACCGUAACGAUCAUCCCCACUGUGAACCUGAGUUGCAACGAGACACCAGGGUCAACGAGCUCGAAACACUAGAGAAAACGGGGAGUCAUCGCCAGCAACACAACACACAAAGCAGAAAGGAUGCAAAACGAAGCAGCGAACGAGGGGAGCCAAUCCCUCGGGUAUACGAAGAACGAAGCCAAGAGCCACGCGACCAAGGGAACAGUCAGAGAAGACGUCAGCCACCAGAGCCAGACAGACGUGGAGAUGUACAACUCUACAAAAAUGGCAGUUUGCGAGGACGUGAGCCCGGACUGCAGGGAGAUGAGAGGCAAAAUCAAGAGGGGCCUCAGCCAGAACUGGCAGACGUGAAGAGUCGCAGCAAAACCUGUGAACCUCAACCACUGCAAAACCGGUGGAGUAGCCAUCAGUCACAUGAGCCAGCACGACCGGCGUAUGAUCAAAAAAGCCAGCGGCCACAAGAAGCAGAUAGAGCAAGUCACAAUCAGCCACGUAAACCUGAAUUACUCACAGAAGAGAGAAGCCGCUACCACCUACGUGAGCUGGAACAAAAAGCACUUGAACACAGCAGCCACCAGCCACGUGAGCCUGAACGUCUGGACUCAAGACACCCACAUCAGGCAUACAUAGAGGAACCGCUAGACCUUGACCACAGGUACUACGAGAUCGAUGAGUCAGAAAGAGGUACAUACGAACAAGGAAAGAACCAGGACCAUGAGCUUCAAUAUCAAGAAAGUAGGAGACACAUCGAUCAUGUUCAGGAGUGGGAAGAACUAGAUGAAGCAACUAGGAAAGAGCCCAUGCGGGAGAGGAGGAUGGAUCGCCAACGGGAACUGGAGCUGGAGGGCUAUGAGCACCGCAGUGGCCAGACACGCGAAAGGAAAGACCAAGGUGCCACAGCCACCCAGAGAGAGACAC